CCCACUCCUUCCUCGCUGUCGGACCUCCCACGGUCAGGAUGGAUGGGAGUGAUUCCGUUUCGUGCGGCGCAAUGUACACGACAUCCUCCGGGGCGUUCGACGAUGGGCGGCCACUUCUGCAGUGUGCUUGCCGGGUGCCCGCGGCUAGAUUCACCUCUACUAAGCAAUCAAGCGGAGGCAAGAAUUUUUUCAAGUGUAGAGCAUCUUCGUGUUUCACAUGGAUCUGGGGGGAACGGCUCAUGGAAUUUGUCAACGCACUUGUAAGGAGGAGCACAGCCACCAUUGAGGGGGAGAUGCGGAUCGCCAAGUCCGAAUGGGAGUGGAGAAUCCAGCUUGUGGAAAACAAAUUGGAGGUUGCCAGGCGUGAGUUGUCUGAAGCCAUUGGCGAGAGGAAUGGUUUGAAUGCCGUUGCUUCUAGGUUAGCUGAACAACUUAAGUCAAGAGACCGCAUCAUUUCUUUUUACAGAUUGGUGAUUCUCACAUGCAUGCUUUGCAUGAUUUUUAGAUGGGUGUUUUAGAUGCUGGUAGUGCAUUUUGCCACCUUGCAUCGGUAUGCAAUCAAGAUAGAGUAGUGGCCAGAUGCAUUUCGAGGUGCACAGAGGGAAAACCGAUGAUCUUCGUGUUUGUGGAUUCAGAGUAGUGUUUUAGGAGUUUACCAUUUGAACACCUGUU